AUGGCGGAGGAGGGAGCUGAAUAUGGGGUUUUGCAGUCGCAGGCUUUGAAUGCAGAUGCUGAAGCUGCAGGCGACUCGGACUCGGACGAUUAUGAUCCCUCUGAAACAAUUCAAGAGCAGUUUUCUGCAAAUAUAGCAGCCUCAAAUCACAAUACGAUUCCUCAUAUGUCUCCUUUUGUCAGCUCUUCAACCCCAACUCCUGCUCCGGGGCCUAAUUUGCCUGAAAAAUUGCCCCAGGAUGCCCAUAGCAAUGAUUCUGCCUUUCUGCUUCCCCCAUCAGGAGGCGAGUCCAAAGCCUCUACCGCAAUAUCCCAGAUUGGUGUCUUUGAGGAGGGAUCAACUGGUGAAGAAGAUGGAGGGGACGCUGAGUACGAGCCGCCAGCUGCGGCUUUAUCAGCUCAAGUUCAGAAUUCAAUAUCUACUUCUGCAGACAUGUCUCAGCGCUCUGUUUCUGAAAAUAUAAAUGAACCUGUUUCACAAUUCCAUGUACAGCAGCAAAAUAUUGCCUCAGAUCAAAACACUCCACAUGUUUCCAUUAAUUUUCCUGCUUCUGAUUCUCAUGUUGAUCAUUCAGUGCACAACGAUGGCACACUUAAACCCACGCAAGGGGAAUCGAAGCUACCGGGUCGAUCCGCCGCUCAGUCAGCCAACAGCUCUCUUCCUUCGACGCCUCCAGUUGCGGCUACUUCAAGAACUCGCCUCCCCCAUGACCGCUUGGGCAUCCUAGAGGACAGAAUACAAGCCGAUCCCCGUGGCGAUACGGAUGCAUGGCUAGAAUUAAUUAGCGAACACCGCAGCAGAAACAAGCUCGACAGUGCCAGGCAGGUGUACGAGAGGGUUUUCAAGGUCUUCCCCUCGGCGGCCGAGCAAUGGGUUGAAUACGCCACCAUGGAAUCUGAAAACAACGAACUAUACAAGUUGGAACAGAUAUUUACAAAAUGCCUACUAUCCAUUCCUAAUGUUCAGUUGUGGUCGUUCGGGGACGCAAGACGUACUAUUUCAUCAGCAUAUGACCUUGCACUCCAGCAUAUUGGCAUCGACAAAGAUUCCGGAAACAUCUGGGUCGAUUACAUCCAAUUUCUUCGUUCCGGGCCUGGAAACAUCGGAGGUUCCGGCUGGCAAGAUCAACAGAAAAUGGAUCUGCUGAGGAAGGCGUACCAACGGGCAAUUUGCAUUCCCACUCAAGCUGUGAAUACGCUUUGGAAAGAAUAUGAUCAAUUUGAGAUGGGCUUAAACAAGUUGACGGGACGCAAAUUUAUACAAGAUAAAUCCCCGUCAUAUAUGACGGCUAGGAGCUCUUAUACGGAACUUCAAAACAUUACCAGAGAUCUUGUCAGGUUAUCUCUCCCCCGACUUCCCCCAGCCCCUGGCUACGAGGGAGACUAUUCUUUCUCGAAGCAGGUUGAAAUAUGGAAACGCUGGAUACAGUGGGAAAAGGAUGAUCCUCUGGUUCUCAAGGAAGAAGACCCGGCCAGCUACAAGCAGCGGACUCUAUACGUCUAUAAACAGUCCUUAAUGGCCUUGAGAUUUGUGCCUGAAAUGUUUUUUGAUACUGCGGAUUUUUGCUUCCAAAACGGCAUGGAAACUGAAGGAAACGACUUUUUGAAACAGGGAAUAGAAGCGAACCCGGAAAGCUGUCUUCUCGCCUUUAAGCGCGCCGACCGACUGGAACUAUCUAGCGCCUCGGAGCAGGAUCCCAAGAAGCGUGGCGCUCGAGUCAGAGAGCCUUAUGAUAAGUUACUUGAUGCACUCUAUGAGUUGAUUGGACAGGUUAGGGCGCAAGAAGCGACAGAUCUUGCGAGGGUCGAAGAACAGGCUGCGCAAGGUGAUCAGGAGCUACCGGUACUACAUGAAAACGAUGAUGACGAAGAUGAAACGGACAACCCCCGGACACACGAAAGCGCUAAAGCGAAGGAGAUUGAGUCAGUGAAGAAAGAAUAUGCUGGGAAAAUCGGCGUCCUCUCUAAAGCGGUUUCGUUUGUCUGGAUUGCAUUGAUGCGAGCAAUGCGUCGUAUUCAAGGUAAAGGCAAACCUGGCGAAAUCGCAGGAUCCCGCCAGAUAUUUGCCGAUGCGCGUAAACGUGGACGGAUUACGAGUGACGUUUACAUUGCCAGUGCCUUGUUGGAAUAUCAUUGUUAUAAGGACCCAGCAGCAACCAAAAUCUUUGAGAGGGGAGCAAAGCUUUUCCCAGAGGAUGAGGUUUUUGCGUUGGAGUAUCUGAAACAUCUUAUCGAUAUUAACGAUAUUACAAAUGCACGAGCUGUGUUCGAAACCACCGUUCGAAGACUCACUUCAAAUCCAGAAAACGUUGCCAAGGCAAAACCAAUCUUCGCCUUUUUACAUGAAUAUGAAUCUCGAUAUGGAGACCUCGUACAGAUAAACAAUCUCGAGUCCCGGAUGAGAGAGCUAUUCCCGGAGGAUCCAACUCUUAAACAGUUUGCCCAUCGAUUCUCAGCCCCCUCCUUUGACCCAACCACCUUCCAGCCAGUCCUAUCACCAAGCCAGUUAAAGCCUAGAACUAUGAUAUCUCUUGAAGAGCCUAGUUCCCGCCAUAGCUCGCCUGCUAUCCGUCACCCUACUACCACUACACACUCCCCUAAACGAUCAUUCCCUCUUGACGAAUAUGGCGAUGAACCAAGCCGACCCAGAAAAUUCAUCCGUGCCGAAUCUCCCCUAAAAGGUGCCGCUGGAAGACGUGACCAGCAAAAACGACUCCAGUCCAAUGGUUCUAGUGGAGGGCCAGCUCCUUCUAGGGUAAAGCAACAACAGCCACCACAGCAGCCUUCGGCAGGGCCUCUACCAAGAGAUGUUGUGUAUCUUUUGAGCAUUAUCCCGCCCGCGUCUACGUAUGAUGCAACUAGAUUCUCGCCAGAGAUGAUGGUCAACCUCCUCCGACAAGUUGAACUGCCUUCCAGUGUAUCGCAGCUUCGACUUCCCCCGCAGCAAACUGGUGGUGCGCAUCAGCGCCACCAAUACGGUGGCUAUCGUCCGAACGCAUAG